AUGGCUGCAUUCCGGUUGACGAUUGAGGAUGGCCAGUUUCGAGACAAGCAAGGUCGUCAGGUAGUCCUGCGCGGAAUCAAUGUCGCUGGCGACUCCAAGCUGCCCAGCGAACCCGACCAGCCAUCGCACAUUGGCGAGCGCUUCUUCGACGGCGACAACGUAACAUUUCACGACCGACCGUUUCCCAAAGACGAAGCGGCGACGCACUUUGCUCGUCUCAAGAGAUACGGCUUCAACACCAUACGAUAUGUCUUUACUUGGGAGGCCAUAGAGGCUGCCGGUCCCGGAAAAUACGACGAAGAGUUCAUUCAGCAAACGAUCGACGUCCUGCGAAUCGCCAAAACAUUCGGCUUUUACGUCUUUAUGGAUCCUCACCAAGAUGUCUGGUCAAGAUUCACUGGAGGCUCAGGUGCCCCAAUGUGGACAAUUUAUGCUUGUGGCUUGAACCCAGAAAGCUUCGCAACAACUCAAGCCGCUAUUGUUCAUAACACAUGGCCAGACCCAGGCCAAUUUCCCAAAAUGAUUUGGUCGACCAACUACUUCCGGCUUGCUACGGGCACCAUCUUCACCAUGUUCUUUGCUGGCAAAGCGUUUGCUCCCAAGUGCAUCAUCGAUGGUGUAAAUAUCCAGGACUACCUGCAAGAUCACUUCAUCAACGCAUGCGCGCACCUGGCAAAGCGCAUACAUGAGGCCGGCGACCUCGAAAACGAGGUUGUCAUGGGCUGGGAGAGUUUGAAUGAGCCAAAUAAGUGCAUGAUUGGCUAUCAGGAUCUCACUGUCAUCCCCAAAGCUCAGCAUCUGAAGAAGGGCACUUCUCCAACUAUAUGGCAGACAUUUCUGACGGGCAUGGGCCGCGCUUGCGAGGUUGAUACCUGGGACAUGGGUGGCCUGGGGCCAUACAAGACAGGCACGGAAUUGGUUGACCCGGAGGGCGAGAUUGCAUGGUUGCCUGAGGGCUACGAUGACACGAAAUACGGCUGGACGCGAGACCCUGGUUGGAAACUCGGAGAAUGUAUCUGGGCGCAGCAUGGUGUCUGGGAUCCCACUACCGAUACUUUGCUGAUAAAAGAUUACUUUGCGAACAACCCGGAGACUGGCAAGAACAUUGACUACCCUGAAUUCACAAACACAUAUUUCAUGGAUUUCUGGCGCAGAUACAAAACUGCCUGCAGAGCCAUUCACAAGGACUGCAUCAUGCUGAUGCAGUUUCCGACUCUGGAACUUCCUCCGCAGAUCAAAGGCACUCCUGAUGACGACAAGCUGCUUGUCUUUACGCCGCAUUACUAUGAUGGCAUCACGUUGAUGACGAAGCACUGGAACAGCACUUGGAACGUCGACGUAGUUGGUGUUUUGCGUGGCAAAUACCUGCACCCAGCCUUUGCCAUCAAGAUUGGAGAAACUGCAAUUCGCAAUUGUCUAAGGGAUCAGCUUGCCACACUUCGACAGGAAGGAAUUGAUCGCACUGGCAAUCAUCCCUGUUUGCUGACCGAGUUUGGCAUUCCUUACGAUAUGGACGAUAAGAAGGCAUAUAAGACGGGCGACUAUAGCAGCCAAACUGCAGCACUAGAUGCAAACUAUUUUGCCGCCGAGGGGUCAGGUAUGGAGGGGCACUGUGUCUGGGUGUAUAGCGCCAAGAAUGUGCAUCAAUGGGGUGAGAAUUGGAAUGGGGAAGAUCUAUCCAUCUUUUCGCCGGAUGAUCUUGUUCCCCCGACAUCUGCCCUGCCCAAGUAUUCAGACUCAAACAUCAGUCUGCCAGAGGAGAAUAGCGUUGGCCCCGCGAAUCUUCGUCGUUCAAUGACAAGCCCGUCUAUCAGCUCAACGCCGUCACUCAACAACCCGGAACUUACCAAUGCGCCUGGAUACCGCGCUGCGGAAGCUUUUAUUCGACCGACCGCCACCGUGGUGGCAGGCGAGGUGAUAUCAGCUGGUUUCGACUUGCGACGGUGCGCGUAUGAUCUGAAGCUCAUGGCGCCCAGGGUGACUGAUGAGAAAUUUCCAACGGUCGUGUACUUGCCCGAGUUUCAUUUUCCGAGAGAUGAAUGCGAGGUUGCCGUUACUUCGGGCAAGUGGGAGAUUAGCGUUGACGAAGACGAGGGCAUUCCACUGCAGAGACUGAAAUGGUGGCACCCCGAGGGCGAGCAGAUCAUUACAGUAACUGGACUGGUCCGCCAGCAUAAUGUUCUUUCUGGCACAGCAGAAGAAGAUUCGUAUGUGCAACAAUGCCAGCAGGGUUACCUCAACAGCUGCAGUCUGAUGUGA